AUGUCAAGCUAUAUUCGUGCUCCUUCUCCUUCGCCUUCCGACGAGUCCUCCGACCUUGACCUCGACCUUGAAGAGCUAGAUCCCACGAACGGGGGUGGUGGCGGUGGUGCGGGCUAUUCGGCAGGGUAUAGGUCUAUACUUGGAGAGAAUCACAGGUCUUCCUUUUCACCUACGAGGCGCGGAAGAACAUCUGUUGACGGAGCGGCUGGGCCCGGGAGGAUUGCAUUGAGGAGGAUGAAGGGGCCGGAGGGGCCGGAGGGGCCAGAGGAUGAGGAGGCGUUACUGGGGAGGAGAAGCGGAGAGGACACACACGACGAAGGGGGGCCCUCAAACCCCCGAGAUAGGAGCGCGACAGGUGGCGGGGAGAGGCAAUUACUGCAAAGAUUGGGAUCCCGGAUAUCCCUACGAUCUGCUACUGGCGAAGACGCCGUUAUCGACUUUACCCCCUCGAAGGAGACCAGGGUCGUGGGGUUGAGGCCCAGUGGAGCUGGGGCGAAAUACCCACCCAACAUCAUAUCGAAUCAUAAAUUUACCGCCUUCACCUUUUUACCGCUCACUUUGUGGCAUGAAUUCAGCUUUUUCUUCAACCUUUACUUUUUAGUUGUUGCCUUGAGUCAGUGCAUUCCGGCGCUCAGGAUCGGGUAUCUGAGCUCUUACAUUGUUCCCUUGGUGUUUGUGUUGGCGAUCACUCUUGGCAAGGAAGCACAUGAUGAUAUCGCUCGGCGGAGAAGAGAUACGGAGGCUAAUAGCGAGCUAUACGAGGUUCUCUCGUUCACGGAUGGUGGGGUGCCGGGGAGGAAGAAGGGGGUUCGGUUGGGCAAGAAGAGUGCUGCGGGGGCUGAGGGCCAGGAUCUUGGGGGAGGGGGUGACGAUGGUAUUAGGACUGUGCCCAAGAAAAGUAAGGAUCUCAAGGUCGGGGAUAUUCUAGUUCUCAAGAAAGACGAUAGGGUUCCGGCGGACGUAGUUAUUUUGAAAACGAUCUCGAACGAAGCCAAUCAAGUCGAGGAAGGCGGAGGCGAUGGUGCCUCUGGGGAGACUUUCAUUCGUACCGACCAGCUGGAUGGAGAGACGGACUGGAAACUGAGACUUGCGCCGGCACUAACACAAGUUUUGCGUUCCUCCAGCUUGGCCCACUUGACAAUUACCGCUUCUGCCCCUUCGAAGGAGGUAAAUAACUUUGUUGGAUCAAUUUCUUAUAGCCCUCCGACUCGGGGCCCCACUACUCCGUCCACCCCGGGCACAUCCACAGCUUUAGUCCCUGGCGCCUCUUCGUCCUCGCCGUCUGCGCUUCCGGCGACGGCGUCCUCAUCGGUGGGAUUGUCGGUUGAUAACACUGCAUGGGCGAACACGGUCUUGGCCAGCAAUUCUACUACUCUAGCUGCUAUCGUUUACACUGGCCCGGAGACGCGAGCGGCUCUGUCUACGUCUCGCUCGCGUAGUAAGACCGGAUUGUUGGAGAAGGAGAUCAACAACCUGACCAAAAUCCUUUGUGUUCUGACAUUUUCACUCAGUAUAGCGUUGGUAGCGCUUCAAGGGUUUGAGAACAACCAAAACAAGCCGGGUGUUGAAUCCCCUGAGGACCCCGGCGAAGUCGUUAGCGGAAGCUGGUAUGUCAAAAUUCUCCGCUUCUUGGUGCUCUUCUCGACCAUUAUUCCUAUCAGCUUGAGGGUCAACUUGGACAUGGGCAAGAGCGCGUAUGCGUUGUUCAUUGAACGCGACAAGGGGAUUAAGGGCACUGUUGUCAGGACGAGUACAAUUCCGGAGGAACUUGGGAGAGUCGAGUACCUUCUCAGUGAUAAGACUGGAACCUUGACGCAGAACGAUAUGGAGCUGAAGAAGAUUCAUGUUGGCACGGUUAGCUAUGCCGGCGAAGCUAUGGAUGAGGUCUCGGAUUACAUUAGGCUUGGGUUUUCUGCCGGUGGUGGUAAUGACGCUUCCGGGGGUGUCCAAGCUGCUUCCGUGAUCCAUUCGAAUGCUGCUACGACUAGGACUAGAAGGGAGAUUGGGUCUAGGGUUAGGGACGUGGUCCUUGCACUUGCGUUAUGUCACAAUGUUACGCCUACUACUGCUGCCGAGGAGGGUGCCUCGGAGGCUACAACUACGUACCAGGCAUCAAGUCCGGAUGAGAUUGCUAUUGUGCGGUGGACGGAGAGCGUUGGACUGCGGUUGUCGCACAGGGAUCGCAAAGGGAUGAGGUUACAAAGAGCCGGUACUGGUGAGGUUGUAGUCCGCGUCAAGAUAUUAGAGGUCUUCCCGUUCACGAGUGAGGGGAAGAGAAUGGGAAUUGUGGUCCAAUUUGUGCCCGGCGAAAAGGGCGAGGAAUCCGAUCUCCUCGGCGGUGGCGGCGUAGAGGGGGCAAAUCCUAAUACUGGGGACAUCUGGUUCUAUCAGAAGGGAGCGGAUACCGUCAUGUCUUCGAUUGUCCAAGCUAACGAUUGGCUGGAUGAGGAGUGCGGUAAUAUGGCUCGGGAGGGACUGAGGACGUUGGUUGUUGGAAGGAAGAAGUUGUCCGUCCAGCGCUACCAGGAAUUCUCUGCAAAGCAUAAAGCCGCAUCGUUGUUGCUUGCUAAUAGGGACAAGGGGAUGGGCAAGGUCGUGGAAGAGUAUCUUGAGCAUGACCUGGAGCUUUUGGGAGUGACGGGUGUUGAGGAUAAGUUGCAGAAGGAUGUUAAGCCUAGUUUGGAGCUCCUCAGGAAUGCGGGAAUCAAGAUUUGGAUGUUGACUGGUGAUAAAGUCGAGACAGCGAGAUGUGUUGCUGUUAGCGCAAAGUUGGUGUCGCGGGGACAAUAUGUGCACACCGUUGCCAAGUGUAUGCUGGGCCCUUUACCCUCUCACCUCCUGGCUAUGCUAAUUGGGAUAUAACCAUGCAGUAAAACGAAAAGACCAGGCCUACGAUGUCCUGGAAUUCCUCCGCAACAAGACAGACUCUUGUCUCCUCAUUGACGGCGAAUCUCUCGCUCUCUUCCUCGACACCUACAAAUCCGAGUUCAUAUCUCUUGCCGUACAGCUCCCGGCAGUGAUCGCCUGCCGCUGCACCCCUACUCAAAAGGCCGACAUGGCCCGGCUCAUCCGUGCCUUUACCAAGAAGCGCAUAUGCUGCAUCGGCGACGGCGGGAACGACGUCUCCAUGAUCCAGGCGGCGGACGUAGGCGUCGGCAUCGUGGGUAAGGAGGGCCGUCAGGCCAGUCUUGCGGCGGACUUUAGUAUCGAGCAAUUCUGCCAUCUAACGAAAUUGCUGGUAUGGCAUGGGAGGAACUCGUACAAACGAAGUGCAAAGCUCGCCCAAUUCGUUAUGCACAGGGGUCUCGUGAUUAGCGUUUGUCAGACAAUGUUUAGCAUUGCUUCGAGGUUUGAGCCAAUCGCGCUGUAUCAGGGGUGGCUGCUUGUUGGGUAUGCUAGUCUUUAUACUAUGGCGCCGGUGUUCUCGCUGGUGCUGGACAGGGAUGUGGAUGAACGUUUGGCGAAUCUUUAUCCGGAGCUCUAUAAGGAGCUUACGGAGGGGCGGUCGUUGAGUUACCGGACAUUUUUUGUUUGGGUGGUUGUUAGCGCUUAUCAAGGUUUUCCUUUUCCCCGUGAUUAUGCCCGACUGGCGGAGUGUUGAUAAAGAACCAUAGGAGGAAUAAUCCAGGGCCUCUCCCAGCUCCUCGUUGGACUCGACCAGUUCAAGCGCAUGGUAUCCGUGAGUUUCACGGUACUGGUGUUAAACGAGCUUAUAAUGGUAGCAUUAGAAAUCACAACUUGGUAAUUACCAACCCUCUCUUCCCCCUUCCCCUUCCCCUUUCCCCUCCAGCUAACACCGGGAACAGGCACAUGUGGAUGAUAUUUGCAGAACUGGGGACAGCUCUCUUCUUUUUUGCUUCGAUCCCUUUACUGGGUGAGUACUUUGACCUCAAGUACGUCAUCUCGUGGGCCUUUCUGUGGCGCGUCGCAGUCAUCAGCGCGAUUAGCCUUGUGCCGCCUUGGAUUUUGAAGGCGGUCAGAAGGAGGUUGAAGCCACCGAGUUAUGCUAAGGUUCGGGAGAUUUGAAUGUGAGUUGUGGUUGCAUUGGCUGGGCGUUUUGAUUUUGAUUUGUUUUCCUUUGGUAAUGGGGAGGGUAGAUGAGGGGAAUGUAAUAUAUGAAGUGGGUGGGGUAUCAGUGUGUUUUUGCGAUUUUGUUAGUUUUUUUCUCUUCUUUCUGUUUUACUGUAUUGGUUUCUCUUUCGUAGCUGGCGGCAGUGGAUGGUGCGGGUAUGAAUGUUUUACGCUGUUUAGAAUUUAGAAGGAGGACAUUGGCCUAGCCAACGUUACCCCGCGAUAUUGUUAUUAUAAUUUGGUGUGGGUCUACGGGAGCUCGCGAAUUAUGAGUGCGGGGGAUGGUCCGUGUGACGCUAUGUACGGUACUCGGGUACAGUACGCAAUAAGCUAACUUGAAGGCCCUGUUCGACUGGCAUGUCUUCAGAAAAUAUGACUAUGUUUUUGAAAACACCACACUUGCUGAAACUUAAAUCGAUC